AUGGAACAAGGAGCGAGCUGUCCUUGGGCCACGGCCUUCCUCCGUCAAGCCUACCAUUCAUAUCGUAAGAAAAUUGAAGCUGCUGGUGUUACUUAUAGUGCCGAGGCUUUCAGGAAUAUUACGGAUGCAAUCUUUGGACUCGUCGUUUAUUUCUCCCCAUCGUUACAAUCACUUGCCCUCAGCGGCUCGGGGACACCCUGGAUGCAGCCGUUUCAGUACCAGAAAAAGCUUUUCCUAUAUCACAGUCCACCGAUCACGACACUCAGCCUCGAUCUUUCCGUCCUUCAGGUACUCUUUGGAAGUCCUGAAACCGGCUAUUCUCAUAACUGGCACCCAUGCCUGUCCACUGUGCAGAGCCUUACCCUCAAAGGGUUUGAUCCCUUGGAGGUGAGAGGGCUGGACGACGCGGCAAUGUGUCUGGGCAGCCUGUUCGACUGGUUCUGCAUGAAGCCGCGACUAAAGAGACUUGAGAUCAACGGCUACGACGAGACACUGGGUCUUGAAAGUGAUCACACCUGGAACACGAUUCUGCCCUUGUUCAAAGACACGCUUGAGCAUCUCUCCAUGAGCGGCUACAUGGAACCUAUCGACGAAGACCAAAUGACGGAUCGCUUUGGUCCCAGCCGCAUGUUAACUUGCCUACCGGAACUCGAGAAGCUGGCUUACCUUAAGGUCCCCUUGCAUUUUGUCAGCUCACAUAGACCGCAGCUGAUUCCAGAUAUGGCACAUGCAGCUCCCCCAGGCGACGCUGACUUUGGAGAGUCCGACACCAAUAACGACAACAAAAAUAACAACCAACAGGACCCGAUUACCGCAAGAAACAUCCGCCAGCAGAUCAUGGUCGAAUUCCCUCCGUUGCUUAAAACAGCCGACAUCAUCGAGUAUGUGAACCACAGGGAAAGCAUCCAAGGAAUACAGGACUGGAACGAGAUCCGAGAGCGGGAUACAUAUCGUCUUAGACUCUAA